CAUUGUAAACAAUUUAGUGCAUGUCCAGACAUGUCGAAGCGCGUUAGCAUCUAUGUGCCGGCUGAAAUCAAGCAAACAUUCGCAAUGGUGCAGGCGGACUCGCCGCGUCCCACUGCGGAUGAGAGCACAGCGCCGACGACAGAUGCAGCUGAGGCUGAGGAGGCUAGCGCUUUGGUAAAGGCCUCCAAGACGGGUGAGGGUGAGGUUGAAACCUAUUCGGAGGAAUGCAAGCGCUUUGAUGCCAAGUGUCCUUGCUGCCACUGCGUGGCCAUGCGUGACGCUUUGAAGCGUGUGGCGUUUCUUAAGACGGACGAGGGGCAACGUCGGCUGCAGAUGAAGCAGCACUUCAAGAGCUUCAUCUUGGACAUGAAUGCCAUGACGCAUGUGCGCAAGCAGAUUGAGUGCAAGCUGCUGGGCAAGCAGAAGCCCGACUCGCAUACAUCCUUUCCGGUGAGCAUUACGAGCGUGGAGCGCAUCGAUGGCAACUGCAUGUGCCUCAACUGGUUCGUGCACGACGAGACCGAUGUGGCGCACUACGAGAUCUAUGUGGACAAGCGGCUGCGCAAGCGCGUCUUUAAUCCCAAGCAAACCAGCACAGUGGUGCUCGAUGUCAACAUGAAGCAGCAGCACAGAAUCUGCUUGAAGGCAGUGCCUAUCAAGGGUCUGGGCCGUCAUGGUGAUCCCAUUGACAAGAUAAUUGCCGAGGUCUGCAGCCGACGCAUGAACAACACACUCAAGGGCGAAGUCUUCUGCCACUGCGUCAAGAAGUUGGACAAGGUCAAGCAGCGCUACAAGAGCCGCAACAAGUGCGAUGCAGUCGACUUCUGGAAAGUUAGCACCUACAUCUAUAUACCCGCCUGCGAGUGUCAGGAGGAGUGUGACUGCGACUGCCUGCCGCCCACAGAACCAGCGCCCAGUGGCUGCUGCUCCCAGAGUCCGCCCCCAGCUGCAGGCAACGGCUGUGCUUAGUUUUAUUUUUAUGAGUUGAAACGAAAUUUAAAAUGCAUCUAAGCAAUUUCGAGUUCUUUAGACAAUAUUUAAUAAUACAAAGGUCUAGCUAAUGA